AUGAGCGACAUUCAGUUGUACGAAGAGGAGCUCGACCAAUUUGAGGACGACGACGAUGUGAGACUCGAGGAUGCGGUUACGCCGAAGGCCAACCCGCCCGAGCAGCCCGAACCCUCAGCCUCAAUUUUCGAUGGUUUAUUGGAAGACUCAAACGCUCCGGCGAUCAAAUGGGACUGCAAGAAGAUGGCCGAGGAAAUCGCACUGGCGUAUCCCGAACCUCAGGGACUGCAGUUCCUCGUACCAGAACCACUCCGCGACGUUGAGGCCCACCUCAAAGCGAGUAAAGCGUUCCUCGCCCUUAAGGCAGAUACACUUCUCGUCAAGUUGGCUGAAACACACUCUUUGAUGGCACGGCCCUUGACCGACGCCAUGUCGUGCCUUGCUUCCACGCCGGAAACGUUGGAUUCCAAAAUCCUCGCGGAACGACUCUCUGAUAUCACCAAAACCCUCAUCAUCGCGGCUAAACUUACUGAGAACGCGCGCAUCGAAAUAGCUUGUCAGGCUUUUCGAGUUCCAACGUCAACAGCGAAGAUUAAACGGGGUCACUCCCUACUGGGCCAGUCAUUCGCGAAGAACGUUGAACGUUUACGGAAAGAUAAGAAGGUCUUGCUUGGCGAAGACACAUCAACCUCAUCCAUUCAGCGCUAUCGUCCGUACUCUCGUCCAAACCAGGACCGUAGCAUCCAUCGACGUAUUCCAUGGAAGCAACAAGGAAAGAACACCGACUGGUACAGCGCAGCUCCGCGGCACAAUACGUCCAAUACGCCCAACUCUACAUCCAGAGGGUCUGGAAGCUCAGCUACCAACAGUACUUCCAACCAACCAGGUACCUUGUAUCUCUCCCUGGUAGACUUUGCUACCCAAUGGGAACUUCUCACUUCCGACGACUGGAUUCUGAGCACGGUCCGGGGAUACCGCAUCUCCUUCCUUUCCCCUCCUUUCCAACCAUCUUCACCACACCCUAUUCAUUUCUCUCAGGAUGAAACGAAUAACAUGGACACCUUAGUCAACGACCUCCUAGCCAAAGGGGCUAUCAUUCCAGUUACCCCCCAACGGGUGCGCUUCCUCUCAAACCUUUUCUUGGUCGCGAAGAAAGGCACCUCAAAGUUCCGCCCAGUUAUCAAUCUGAAACCUCUUAAUGAAUUCAUCGCCAACGAAAAGUUCAAAAUGGAAGGAUGGUUGGAAAUCAAGGAGGCAGUUUUUCCCGACUGCUACUUUACUCGCAUAGAUCUGAAAGACGCCUUUCUGUCCAUUCCAAUACACACAUCGAGUCAGCCAUACCUCGCAUUCAGAUGGCAGCACAGCACGUACUGCUGGGCCCGACUACCUUUCGGACUGAAAACGAGUCCGCGCGUCUUCACCAAACUACUUAAACCUGUCGCGGCCAACCUACGGCAGCGCGGCGUUGUCCUUAUAGUAUACCUCGACGAUUUUCUCUUGAUCGCAAACUCACCAUCUCGGCUCACAGAGCAUACUGAGGCCACAACAUCACUCCUCCAAUCCUUAGGAUACACAAUCAAUUUUGAAAAGUCCUCUCUAAUCCCUGCACAACGCGUGACGUAUCUGGGCUACAAUAUCGACUCCGCGACAAUGCGGCUCUCAGUACCAGGAGAAAAGCUCCUCCAAAUCAAACGAGACAUCAACUUACUUCUCGAAACUUCAAAUACUACUCUUCGCACACUCUAUCGCGUCCUAGGAAAAUUGAACGCUCUAACAACGAUUGUGCGCUCUCUGCGGUACCACUGUUCCUCCCUGGCCAGGCUCGUCUCGACCACCACCCGCCGAACACGGAACCUCGAGGCCAUAGAACAAUUGCCAUCCGACAUAAGAUCAGAUCUCGAAUGGUGGACAACACAUCUCGAUACGAUCGCUACCGGACCAAUCCGACCGCCGCUAGUUUCAUUAGAAAUUACCUCUGACAGCUCACUGCAGGGCUGGGGCGCUUGGUGUAGCCAUGGAGCUACCGGUGGGGCAUGGAAUGACGAUGAUCGUCAUCUUCAUAUAAAUGCUCUGGAACUUAAGGCAAUUUUUCUGGCGGUACAGAGGCUGGCCAAGGACUGUUCCAAUACUACAAUUGCUAUCCGCACGGAUAACACAAACGCCAUGCACAGUAUUAACAAUUUCGGCUCGCUCCACUCCCCAACACUGAAUUCUUUGUCUCGACAGAUUUGGGCAUGGGCGUUCGAUCGCAACCUCCACCUCAAAGCAACUUACAUUCCUGGAGUGCUUAAUGACAUCGCGGAUACGUUGUCAAGAACAGUGCUAGAUAACCACAGUUACUCUCUACACCAAGCAACCUUCGACCGAUUGAACUCCAUGCAUGGACCUUUCCAAAUCGAUCUGUUCGCUGAUUUCUCGAACCACGAAGUUGACACCUACUUUAGUUGGGUCAAAGACCCCUUCGCAAUCGGCGUAGACGCUUUCCUGUCCCGAUGGGAUUCUUGGACCAACCUCUAUGCCUUCCCUCCAUUCAAGCUGGUUGAUCGAACGCUCUCCUACCUAGAUUCCUUACCCACUUGCGAAUUAACACUAAUAUGCCCCCUUUGGCCGACGCAGCCAUGCUUCCCACGACUCUUACAAAGAUGCAUCGAUCAACCGAUACUUCUUCCAUCGGACAUCAACCUAAUCCUCGACAGAACGAACACUCCUCAUCCACUCAUGGUCAGCCAAAGGCUGCAACUCGUAGCCUGGCGCCUAGCACCCCUGAACUCACACAAGAAGCGACGCGCUUUCUGGAAAACGCUAUCCGCCCAAGUACACGUAGCGCAUACGACUCAUGCCGGCGCGAUUGGGUACGUUGGUGUAGACAACGAGAUACCCCUACACAUAAAAUUCCUUUGA